AUAUGGAGAUGAGCGAUAGAAGUCCAAGAAAGUUUCGUAUUGUUGCGGCUUGGGCAUCUUCUGUUUGCCUCCUCGUUUAUCUACUCAUUUCACUUUGUUUUACUCUUGUCUAUGGCGGUGAUGUAGAUAGUAGUAUUAUACUAAACUUGAAUGAAUUCAUUCCCGAAGGCAAUGUGAUUGUCAUAAUCGGUCUCAUACUUUCGGCUGUUGCUUAUAUCGGAACGUAUCCUUUCACAGUGUACCCGGUUAGAGUAGCUGUCGUGACUAUUCUAAAGCCCAAACGACCUGAGUUCGUUGGAGUCAUUACUGUUACUGUAGUUGUUAUACUCACGUAUAUCAUUGCUGCGUGUUUGCCUGAUAUAUCAAUCCUUCUAGGAGUUGUUGGUGCCAUAUCGGGCUCGAUUCUAUGCUUCCUGGCGCCUGGUGGUUUUAAUGUAGCAAUAUCAAAGAGUAAGAGGUUAUUUGCACCAGAGAAUGCUAAAUACACCAGUAUAUUUAUGUUUGGAUGUUUCACCUUGGUUGUCGGUACGUCUGUUGCUGCAUUUCAAGUAGUAGAUUACUACUUGCCAUGAUAACGUAGAUGUGUAGCGGAGUGUCUUUCUCUCCUCUCUCAAAUAUGUCAAUACUGAAAGUCUUGGUUCUCUCUUGUUCAGCGAAUGUCUGGUCAUCAUCUUUGAAGCUCGUAAGGCGCUGCUAUCGACCACUCUUGUUGAGUCUGUUCGCCGAAUGUUAUUUUAUAAGUGAGGCUGAGAUGCCCU